AUGGCCACUGCACAAAGACUUCUCAUCACUAUGCCCUGCGAAGCCAGCAUUCACCGGACGUUGCCUGCUUUCAUUCUCCUGGGUUUUCUAACUGGGAUUGCUUCAACACAUCCAGUUGUAAGCAGAUCUAAUGGCACACUGCUGGAAAGAGGAUGGCAAUCAUCUCUGUUGUCCAGGUCCAUUGCUGGGAUGUCAGGGGAGAAGUCAGAUGGCAACUGGGAGAGUGACUAUUUGCUAGGAAUCAAGAGGCAGCGGAGGCUUUACUGCAACGUGGGCAUCGGGUUUCACCUUCAAAUCCUCCCAGACGGAAGGAUAAGCGGAGUUCACAAUGAAAACCAAUACAGUCUCUUUGAAAUAUCCACUGUAGAGAGAGGUGUCGUUAGCCUGUUUGGUGUGAAAAGUGCUCUCUUCAUUGCAAUGAACAACAAGGGGAAGUUGUAUGGAACG